GCGGGGGUAAGUUUGACCUGAAUGCAGUUCCGUCCUUCCCUCCCGGAGGAGCCGGUUGAUGCACCCUGCUGUUGCUGCGGGAGCGAGCGAGUGAGCGGUGGCCGCCGCCGAUUAGUGACCCGGAAUGGAAAUAGGGACAGAAAUCAGCCGCAAGAUCAGAACUGCCAUUAAGGGAAAACUGCAAGAGCUUGGGGCUUAUGCAGAUGAAGAGCUACCAGAUUACAUCAUGGUUAUGGUAGCCAAUAAAAAGAGCCAAGAGCAAAUGGCAGAAGAUCUUGCUCUGUUUUUGGGAAGUAAUACCCCAAAAUUUACGUUGUGGCUGCAUGGUGUCCUUGACAAGCUACGCUCUGUAACAGUUGUUGAAGAACCCACCACUGUGAAGAAACAGCCAAACUACACAGAUUGUAAUAUAUUUCCCUCCGAGAAGAUUCAAGCAGCCGUCAGCGGAAGUGGUGAUCAAACUAGUGAAGAUGUUCGUAUUCUCGCUGUGUCCAGCACACAUUCUGAGAGAAAUGAUUCUCGAGUUUCUACCAGCUCAUUACAAGAGCGGUCAAUACCCGGUAUCAGAGCAACUGUGGAGAGAAGUUCAUCUCAUUUACUGCCAGCAGUGAAGCCUUCAACAGAACUGGUCUCCUCUGAAGCAGUAAUUGACAUUAAACCUGAACUGGAUGAUCUUAUAGAUGGGGACCUUAACAUUUUACAGGAAAUUCCUUCAUCUUUUAAGAAGAAGCCUAUAGUAACAGUUUUGUAUAAUGUAUCGUGCCCUUCUUUUGGUGCCUUUGGGCCAGAAGGAAACGUUUCACAAGUGUACAAAGCAACUGAAACUAGCACCCAGUCUUUAAGGAUGGCUCAGAAUAAUAUUCAGCCAUGUAAGUUAGGAGAAGGCUCCGUGCAUGGCUACAGACUAUUAGAAAAUACCAGCAAUGUUUACAGAUCAUAUGAGAGCACCUUGCAAGCUUACAACAAAUUAUCAGAAAGUGGAGUACAAGUUUACAGGCCAUCAAAGUCUAACUCUGAUCGAUCAAGUAGAGAUGAUGACAGCUCCAAAAAGAGAAAGGCGAAUAUCAUAAGUUCUGUCGUUAAAGUAAACAAGACAAGUGAUGGUGAGGAAGAUGAUGAUGACUUUGCCUCAAGAACAGGAAGCCUUUCCAGCAGUAUUUUUGUCCCAGCAAAAUCUGAAAGAAGGCCUACUUUGCCACCUUCUAAACAAGCCAAUAAGAAUUUAAUACUAAAAGCUAUCACAGAAGCCCAGAAAUCUGUAUGCAAGACGACAAGUUAUCCAGCAGUUAUUCCACAGAAACAGAUGGUACCUGUGGCUCCUAGAACUCGGGCCAUACGUGAAAGUAGUGAAAUUGAAGUGAUUAAUCCGGUAGACAAAGCACAUCAGCAAGCCUUACUAUUACAGAUCAAUGAAGCUGAACAACCAGCGCAAAAGAAUUACUUGCAACCAGUAGAAGCAAAACCCGGUGGUGAUACAAGAUCCUUUAUCUUGAAGAAGCCAGUAUUGGGUGGAGUGGAAUCCCAGCUCCAGGGAAAAGCUACAGUUUAUGUGGAAAGUGUGCCAGCUGAACAAGAACGUAUGGUGCAGACCAAAGAUCAAAUUGACUCCGAGGAAGCAAGUCCUAAAUUUAUUGUGACACUGGAUGGCAUUCCAAGUCCUCCCGGAUCUAUUUCAGAGCAUGAUGAGGAGACUGAGCCAGUGGAGCAAGAGGGUCCUUUACAAGAGCCUGGAAGGAAAUAUAAAUUAUCAUUACAGUCUGUUGCUCAGACAUUGAUUGAAUCUGAUGAAGAAGAGAUUGAUAACAGCAGCUUUCAACCAAAACGACAGAAACUUCUAGAGCGAUGCAAGUACUGGCCUGCCUGUAAAAAUGGUGAUGAUUGUAUGUACCAUCAUCCUGUAGCUUCAUGCAAAACCUUUCCAAAGUGUAAAUUUGGGGACAAAUGCCUAUUUAUCCAUCCAAACUGCAAAUAUGAUUCCAAGUGUACUAGACCAGAUUGUCCAUACACACACGCAAGCAGACGGACUGCUGUGGUGCCAAAACAGCCAGCUCCUGUGAUAAACGUAAGCAGUUCUCUCUGUCGAUUUUUUCCAGAUUGCAAAAAGGUGGAGUGCCCUUUUAUCCAUCCGAAGCCUUGCCGCUUCAGUUCACACUGUAAGAGAGCUGACUGCACAUUCUACCAUCCUACAAUUGCAUUACCUCCACGCCAUGCACUAAAAUGGACCAGAUCUCAACAAAACAGUGAAUGAUCAGUUUGGAUCGUGCAGAAUCUACUGUGGAUAAAGGAUUGCAACUGUUUAAUGUAGCAUUUUACAAAUUUGUAUUUUCCCUCUUCCAAUUUUCUUUAACAUUGAGUAUCCAAUAUUUUUAAAGUAAUUUUCUCCCCAACAUGAACCAACUAAUUUUUUUGGCAUAUAAUUUGGAUAUUGACGUCAUUUCUCAAUAUCUUACAUCUUUUGUAAGGUGCAUUGUGUGACUUGUAUUUUGUGCUGUUAGAGACAGUAUCUUGAAUUCAAUGGAAAAUUUCAAAGAACAUCAUAUUGAUGUAAGACCACUUCUGUUGAGGAUGGGUUUAUAGUAAAAGAAUUAAGUUUGUUUCAUGAA